UGAUAAUGAGCAAGAAAAUAAUGUGAUGGGAAAAAAGAUCAAAAAAGCAAACAUGAAUGAAGUCGAACCAAGUCAGACAUUAUUAAAUAUAACUUCUUCUUUAGACGAUAUUAUAGAAUCAGGCUUAGAAAAUUAUACAGACAAUGUAUUAUCAAGUUCUCCUGAAUUAAGUCCUGCAAUAGACUCAUUUGAGGAUUUUGAAAGGGAGCAUGUUGGUCAUGAGGCACAACAUGGAACAAUGGCAUUAAUAUUAUUGUGUUCAUUGUUUGGAUUUCAAUUUUUAAUUUUAUUCUGGAAGCAAAAACACUAUCGUUCCUUCCAAGCUGCCACCUUAUUUGGCUUGUGGUUAAUACCAAUAAUAUUAGAGAUUUUUUAUGAAGGAGCAGAAAUAUUUGAAUUGGGAAUUAUAUUAUUAGGUUAUGGAUUAUAUUUUGGUGUCUUAAGUAGAGAUUUUGUUGAAAUUUGUACGGAUAGAAUGGCAUCAACUCUUGGUUAUUAUAGUAAAGAUGGUUUUCCUCGUAAACACUUGAGAGCGAAUAUUUGCGCAAUUUGUGGUGUCGCUGCAACAGGAAUUGGUGAAAAAGGUGAACAACCACCUGCAAAUCAAAAAAUAUUUAAAUUAAGUUGUCGUCAUGUAUUUCACGAUGAUUGUAUAAGAGGAUGGUGUCUUAUAGGAAAAAAAGAUAUUUGUCCAUAUUGUAAAGAAAAAGUUGAUUUGAAAGAAUUUAAGACUAAUCCUUGGGAUACACAGCAACAACUUUAUCUAAGUUUACUUGACGGUGUUCGUUAUCUAAUUGUUUGGCAACCUGUAAUUUUUGCAAUUGUACAUCUGACAUAUCACAUAUUUGGAUUAGAAUAA